AAACUGUUAUUUUAGAUAUAUCCUUUAAAAUCUAGUUCGGUCUAAAUGUACUUCAGAUCACAUUUUAAUUGUGUCGUUUUAACUUGAAACGGUUGGCCGGAAGUGGCUGCGUUAAUCUUCCGGCGCUUGUCGCCGGGGCUCCGGUCCUGGCUCAGAUACCGAUCAGCACUUGGCUUUGGCAGGACAGCCGAGCCCGGGCGCUCCUCGUGCCGUUAAGUGUUGCUGGCGCUCGAGCUCAUCCACCCUGACUGACGCACGCGAAACCCUCAACAGCUGCACCGUCCAGGGAACAAGUGCAGCGGAGGUGUCCUCGCGCGGGAGCAGGAGCAGCGCUGACCCCCCCAGGACACGCGCUCACCUGGUGGCGGGACUGUAACGAGCAGCUGCUCGCGGGCUGCCUGCGCGGGACGUGCAGGAUGCGACGGGGGGAAGAGGAGAACGACUCGGACAUCGCGGUACCGUUCGUGCCAGCGGCGUGAUUCACAGUUCGCCACCAUGGAGGAGAAGUUCAACAGGCUCAUCUUCGUCCCCGUCGCCGCCGUGCUGUUCCUGAUGAUCGGGUACCAGUACGUGUGCCCCACGGACAGCAACACCUGCUACUUCAGAAGUGACGACAAAGGGCUUUUCCAGCGCUACUCGUCCCGGUUCGACUUAGUUUACACGGAACCGGACGGGGAUGAGGAACUUCCAUCCAAGAUCACGUCCAAAUUCAAUUUCACCGAGCGGGACCUGGACAGGUACGUGGACUUCAACAUCCGCGGGGAGGAUGUGAUGGUGUUCCUGCACAUCCAGAAGACCGGCGGGACGACGUUCGGGCGGCACCUGGUCAAAAACAUCCAGCUGGAGCAGCCGUGCGACUGCAUGCCCGGCCAGAGGAAGUGCACCUGCCACCGGCCCGGCAGAGCCGAGUCGUGGCUCUUCUCCCGCUUCUCCACGGGCUGGAGCUGCGGGCUGCACGCGGACUGGACCGAGCUCACGAGCUGCGUCCCGGGGGUGAUGAACAAGAAGAAGAGCGCCGGCAAAACGGAGAGCAAGAGGAACUUCUAUUACAUCACCAUGCUACGCGACCCCGUGUCACGCUACCUCAGCGAGUGGAAGCAUGUGCAGCGUGGGGCCACUUGGAAAACAGCCCUGCACAUGUGCGAUGGCCGCCCGCCCACUCAGGACGAGCUCCCUGCCUGCUACACUGGCGAGGACUGGACAGGUGUGCCUCUGGCAGACUUCAUGAACUGCCCGUCCAACCUCGCCAACAACCGCCAGGUCCGCAUGCUGGCCGACCUCAGCCUGGUGGGCUGCUACAACAUGUCCUCCAUGAGCGAGCUGGAGCGCGGCCGCAUGCUCCUCGCCAGCGCCAAGACCAACCUGCGCAACAUGGCCUUCUACGGCCUGACGGAGUUCCAGCGCAAGACGCAGUACCUGUUCGAGCGGACGUUCGGCCUGCGCUUCAUCCGGGCCUUCACGCAGAUCAACAGCACGCGCGCGGCGAGCGUGGGGAUCACGGAGAAGGUGCGGUGGCGCAUCGAGGGGCUGAACGCCCUCGACGUGGAGCUGUACGAGUACGCCAAGGAGCUGUUCCUCCGCCGCUACCAGUACAACCGGCAGAAGCAGCACCAGGAGGAGCGGCUGAGGCGGAGGCAGGAGAGGCAGCAGAGGCAGCGCAUGCACAGGACCUAUUUGGCUGAGCUGUGGCGACUGGGAGUAGGAGGAGGGGAGGAGGAGGACGAGGACGAGGAGGAGGUCAAGGUGCUAGAGGUGGUAGCCACCACAGAGGACUACAGCAGUCAGGUGGUGCGGUGGUGAGAACGAUGGGAACUCCUAACACCAGUGCACUGAUUGCCGUCGGUCGGAUUCAUUGUGCUUUACUCUCCUCCCCCGUUUCCCUCCGUCUCACCUCUACUGUGAAACUGCCAAAACCUCCUGCCCUCAUCGCGCUUCGCCGGACUGCCGAAUGGUGUCUUAAUAUUUAUGAUGGAUGUAUUUGGCAACAUAAACAUUUUGUAUUUUUUCUUUCUUAUGGCUAACUCUGGCACUGCAGUUGUGAAAUGCAUUUAUUUAAUCUAUAGCAAGUGCUUUGAAUGUUCUCAAAGCAGCGAACACGUUCCUCAAAUCGUGCAAAGAAAGAGUAGAGCUGAAAAAAAAAUGACAUGUCUCAUAAAGAAGGACAAUUUUAGCAUAUUUUCCAAAAGCUGAAUGACUCGAAGGAUCCUCUGUGUCAUGUCUGUGAUCUAGCGCCGUGUUGAUCAGUGAAAUCUUGUAGUUACUCUGUGGUGUUUGGCUUCAUAAGAAUAACAAAGCACAAAAUUGGCAAUAGUCUGCAGUGUGUUUUUCUUUCUGACUGAUUAAGCUGCAGUAUACGAAAACAAUCAAGGCAAUUUCUUGCGGGAAUUGUGUUCAAUAAAAAUAUGCAGCAUCCAGUGAUGUAAAUUUGUCCCUGACGGACUCUCUCUGGUGCACAUGUGUACAUGCACGUGUCCUUGCCUUGCUCCUUUUUUUCACAGCAUGUUCUCACCAUAAAAAUCUGAAAUCUU